GGGGCGGAGCCGGCGCGCGGCUGGCUGCAGGGCCGACGAGGGGCGGCGCCAGGCCGCGGGUCCUCGGCCGAGCGACGCGGGGCGGCUGGCCGGCGCGCUGACUGCGGAGCGGAGAGGCCGGAGGAUGGACUUGCCCGGGGCUGCUCGCCUUCUCUGUCUGCUGCUGGUGCCGCUGCUGCUGGGCCCUGCGCGCGGCCUGCGCAAUGCUUCCCAGAGGACGUUCAAGAUCGACUACAGCCACAACCGCUUCCUCAAGGACGGCCAGCCGUUCCGCUACAUCUCGGGGAGCAUUCACUACUUCCGGGUGCCCCGCUUCUACUGGAAGGACCGGCUCCUGAAAAUGAAGAUGGCCGGGCUGAACGCCAUCCAGACGUACGUGCCCUGGAACUUUCACGAGCCCCAGCCAGGACAGUACCAGUUUUCUGGGGAACAUGAUGUGGAAUAUUUUCUCAAGCUGGCCCAUGAGCUGGGACUGCUGGUUAUCCUGAGGCCCGGACCCUACAUCUGUGCAGAGUGGGACAUGGGAGGAUUGCCGGCUUGGCUGUUACUAAAAGAGUCGAUUAUUCUCCGUUCUUCUGAUCCAGAUUACCUUGCAGCCGUGGACAAGUGGUUGGGAGUCCUUCUGCCCAAGAUGAAGCCUCUCCUCUAUCAGAAUGGAGGGCCCAUUAUAACCGUGCAGGUUGAAAACGAAUAUGGCAGCUACUUCACCUGUGACUACGACUACCUGCGCUUCCUGCAGCGGCGCUUCCGCGACCACCUGGGCGGUGACGCGCUUCUGUUCACCACCGACGGGGCGCACGAGAAGUUCCUGCAGUGCGGGGCGCUGCAGGGGAUCUACGCCACCGUGGACUUCGGCCCAGAUGCCAACAUCACCGCUGCUUUCCAGAUCCAGAGAAAGAGUGAGCCCAGAGGACCGUUGGUGAAUUCUGAAUUCUAUACUGGCUGGUUAGACCACUGGGGCCAACCUCACUCAAGAGUGAGGACUGAGGUGGUCGCCUCCUCCCUCCAUGACGUACUUGCCCGUGGGGCGAAUGUGAACUUGUACAUGUUUAUAGGUGGGACCAAUUUCGCUUAUUGGAAUGGGGCCAACAUCCCCUACCAACCACAGCCCACCAGCUAUGACUAUGACGCCCCACUGAGCGAGGCAGGGGACCUCACUGACAAGUAUUUUGCUCUGCGGGACGUUAUUCGGAAGUUUGAAAAAGUACCAGAAGGUUUUAUCCCUCCAUCUACACCCAAGUUUGCAUAUGGAAAAGUUGCUCUGCAAAAGUUAAAGACGGUGGAGGACGCUCUGAACGUUCUGUGUCCUGCUGGGCCCAUAAAAAGCCUUUAUCCGUUGACGUUUAUCCAGGUGAAACAGUAUUUUGGUUUCGUGCUAUACCGAACAACGCUUCCUCAAGACUGCAGCGACCCCACACCCCUGUCAUCACCCCUCAAUGGAGUCCGUGACCGCGCCUAUGUCGCCGUGGACGGGGUGCCCCAGGGAGUCCUGGAGCGAAGUUACGGGAUCACUCUGAACAUAACAGGGCAAGCCGGAGCCACUCUGGACCUUCUGGUGGAGAACAUGGGGCGUGUGAACUAUGGCAGAUACAUCAAUGAUUUCAAGGGUCUUAUUUCUAACCUGACCCUCGGUUCCAGUGUCCUCACGGACUGGAUGAUCUUCCCGCUGGACACCGAGGAUGCAGUGCGCAGCCGUCUGGGGGGCUGGCAUGGCCGUAACCGUGGCCGUCAGGAUAAUAAAGCCUUUGCCCACCACUCGUCCAACUACACACUCCCGGCCUUUUACGCGGGGAACUUCUCUAUUCCCAGCGGGAUCCCAGACUUGCCCCAGGACACCUUUAUCCAGUUUUCUGGAUGGACCAAGGUACUACCUGUCGAGGCUCCAGAAGGCUCAGGCAGUGGAGUAGGAUCUCCUCGCGGGAGUGUGUGCUUCCAUUCUGUUCGCCCCGUCUUCUGAACCACGCUCAGGAACUGGUAAGCCGUCGUCUGGAGACCUGAGGGACGAGGGGAGAAGAAAUGCCACCUGGGACAUACCAUCCGUUCCCUGUGUCCCCUUGAGUUCAGUUCAACAGCCUGGUUCUGACCAACCACUGUACUGGGCUGAAGGGCACAAAGGGGAGGAGACAGCCUAGCAUAAGACGAGGACACAGAUUCGAGGGGCAAGAGGAGGUUCCACAGAAAGCGUGAAGGUGCAUCAUCUGUCAAGACCCUCCAGCAUUUUUUUAAUACUUUUUUUUCAUUUUUUUUAGUGUUGAUUUGAGAGAGCAAGCAGGAAAGGGGCAGAGAGAGGGGGACAGGGAAUCUGAAGCAGGGUCUUUGCCGACAGCAGAGGGCCCGAUGUGGGGCUCAAACUCACGAACCAUGAGAUCAUGACCUGAGUCAAAGUCAGAUGCUUAACCCACUGGGCCACCCAGGCGCCCCAAGACCCUCCAGCAUUAAUGUGACCCUGGGGGAGGGGGGGUGGAGAGAGGGGCAGUGCCUGGAAAGCCACACCAGCCUAUGGAAAAGACCCUUGUUCCCCAAACCCGAGUAGGGCCCCUUCCGCCACAGCAGCCAUCGAAGAGCAGCGGCCGCAGCUCCACGCUACCCGGUGGCCACGGGGCGUAACGAGGGCCACAAGGUGACCGGGAACGUGAGCAAGCGACACACAGCUGCCCACGGCACCUCACCAAGCACACCAGGUUCACGCGGGAUGGGAUUCAGGGGCGUGCACCUCUGUCCUGCAUGAGCAGCUCUGGGUCUCCCAGGACAAGUGGACCCUCAGCUCUUCACGGAAAGGGUGAGACUCACCUCCACACCAGGAGGAAGUGAGAAAAGCUGAGCAGGGCCCCAGCCACCAGUGGGAAAGCUUCCAAGGCCGCCAAGGAACACUGGGCCCGUCCUCCAGCCCUGUGCCUUUACAGAGGAAGGAUACCGCGUUCCUGGCCCGAAGGGCGUGUCUCAUCGUGGGCUGUUUUCGUCGUCGUCUGUAGUUGUGUAUGAGGCAUGUCAGUGAGUUUGUGUAAAUGGCACAGAGCGGCCGGUUCGUGUUGGACGUGAUUCUACAGAUCGGAAGUCCGGACGGGCACGGGAGGACGGCCUGUCUUUGUUCUGUGAUACGUGGGGCCUCUGCCGGGUACGGAACCAUCGGACUUUCCUUCCCUCGUGUCCGGCUGGCAUGACUUGGAGUCUGAGCUCAGGCGGGACCGUCCCUGAAGCACCUGCGUGUGGCCGCUCUGGCUCCUUCGGCGUGGCGGCAGGUUCUGAGAGCGUAAGCUCUCUAGCAGAACCCGGUGCCAGCUGCCUGGCCCUUGAAGACCCAGACUCAGGAGGCACACCCAGAUUCAAGGGGAGGGACCUGAGAUCCCACCACCUGAUGGGAGGAACGCCAAAGGAUUUGUGGCCCUUAAGUAAAAAAGCAACUCCCAUGUACACGUCGUGCUGGGUUGCAGCCCGGUGAGUUGUGCGCGUUUCCGUCAGCCCACCGAACGCCCGAGGGCCCCCGGAGCGUGAACUGAGGCCUAUUCGGGCCCUGCCCCAGCCCCUCCUGGGCAAAGCGGAGCGCUUGCUUGGCCCACAGUAGGUAGGUUCAGCCUGCGUUGAAAGAAUGGACUUCCGCUGUCUCUUUUGCAGGUAACCUGGCCCCCGGUGGUCCUGCCGAGUAUUAACUCAAGGGGAAUCAUGACGCUGAACCGGACUAGAAACGCCCGCUGUGAGCCAGCCAGCAGCCACAGCGCGUGGUGGCACAAGGCGACGGGCACGGCCCUUGAAGCCCAGGCUGGGUCCCUCCUGUAUUGUCUUGGCUGACAUGUUUUGAUUGAGAUUUCUGAGCAAGAGUUGUCCAGUUGACCUCAGCUUUGCUUUGACUUUCACCAAGCAGUGGGAUCUUCUCCCCACACGCGCGGGCUGCUCCACACCCCUGUCCUCUUUUCCGCGGCCUUAGAAAUCACGACGUGUCCCGAGACGUGCCAGCGAGGGGUCCCCGGGGUUUCGGGUCCACUUUCGGUGUGGUGAGCGUGCUUCUCAGCUGUAACUCUCAGACCGGGCUUUUUUCUUUCUCUCUGUCUUUUUCCAUUUACUCAGUGUUUAUUUGGUCCUUAGUCCAAACCCCCUGCUACUGAGUAAGACAUGUUCCUGCCUCUCAGGGAGCACAGAGAAGUGUAAACGGACAACGCGACAUUGUGCUGGGAACACGGGGCCCCGGGCGAGACCAAGGGUGCUGUGACACGGGGAUCUAUUUGCAGGCUCGGUGUGGAGUCGGGGUCGCUCGGGGCUAGCUUCCCAGAGCUGAGCCAGAAGGGGAGUAGGAGGAAGGAGAAGGGGGCAGCAGGGAAGGCAACAGACGAUGCUGCAGGGAGGGAAGCAGUGCCUGCAGAGGUCCAGGGUCUGGAGGGAGGGUGGAGAAUUCCAGAAGCUGAUGCCGUGCAGCUCAGUCUGACCAGAGUUUGGAGUGCAGAGAGAUGUGGGGAUUGGAGCUCUCUCCACCCGGAUGGUAGUGUCCUGAAUUUAGUGUCCACACGUCUGUUAACCUCUGAAGUUUGUAGGUUCCUGUCCUAGACUCUGAUGGCGUUUUAGCAAUGGUCAUAAAACAAUGACAGUAACAACAAAUCCGUGUAAAGUCCUUUGAAUGUUUUAUGUUGCAUCCAGUGACUCUUUGAAUCUUUAUUAGAACGUUUUGAAGGAAUAAGUCGAGGGAUAUGCAGCCCAGUUUGUAGUUUAGGAAAACCGAGAAGUAGGAGACGUUGUGAUUUACCCCACUUGUGGGGGGCCGAAACUGAAACUCCAGUCUCUUGCCUACAAAUCCCACACUCUUUCCCCAUAGACAGGUUGCCUUGGCCGAUUAGGCUGCAAGGACAGUUUUGUAUUCCCUUGGAGAAAACGCAAAACACAAAACACUGUUUCAGCCAUGCUGCCUGGCUGCCAUCAGGCCAGGUGUGACCUGUGGCCCCAGGUUUUGGCGAAUGCCCCUUGGUCGUGCGCGUGCGCGGGGAGAGCAGAACAGCCUGCGCAGGUGGGACCCCGGUGGACGCAGGUCAGAAAGUGAGGGAUCGUCCACACCAGGCCUCCGUCCCCGACAAAACCCACCGUUGCAGAGUCUGGCCCUUCAUUGGCCCUUUGACCCUCAGCAAACUCCCCCAGGAGCGGAGCUGAAAGGCGGUGUUCACUAGAACACAUUGGCCUUCCAGGCCCUGUCCCGAGGUUUGCAGGUUCACGUUCGUCUUGUUACAGACUCUACAGAAACCAACCUGGUUGUGGACGGGAUUCUGACUGUUCAGGAGGACGGAGGUGGAGGGCGGAGAAAGGAGCCUGAGAUGAUCAUCUGAUUUUUUUCCCCACUCUGAACACCAGCAUUUCGCCUCUUUCCAGCUAGGAAGGAGUCUCCCAUCACAGGCACUCAAACAGCGAUGCUUUCGGGAAUAACCACCUCCUCGGCCGUGCGUGUGCGGCAACAUAUAACACGUGUAAAAUGUGCACACCCGGCCCGGAGCCCCUCCUCCCUGAGUAGGACCGUUCAACGUCGCCUCGGUCCCACGUGCUCCUCUUUCUGUUCGUAGCAAAAUGCAGCCAUUUUCUGCCCCCGUGUUUUUCUACACUGGAUCUAGCCUUUCUUCGGCGGAGAAAUUCUAUCGCUGAGUCCUUGGUCUUUGAACCCGAAAAGUCCCCAAGAUCCAUUCUUUACGGAAAUGUCGUUCAUCUCCAAUAUGCUCACAGAAGUGCUUACAGCCUGCAUCUCUCUGCUUAAUCCCGGACAGCCAUUCAUUCGUUCAUUCAUUCCCUCGUUCAUUCAACUAUCAGUGAGUACCUAAUGCGUGCCGGGCAUUGAAGAUAAAAUGGUAACCACUUUACCACCCCUCUCUCCAUCUUUUUUUAAGAGCAUAGAGCUACUGUCAAUAGCAGUAAUAAUAAAAACAAGGCCUGUGCCUUCAAGAAGUUUGUAGUUAGUAGGAGAGGUAAGUAACCAGACAGACUCGAGGCAUGGUCGCUGAGUGAAUGAAACCACGUCUGGGACAGUGGAGGGGUGGUGCAGGACGGGUUCACGGCCCAGGAACAGGCAGUCGGGGACCCUGUCGUCCUGCAGGACCUAAGACAAGGGCUUUGGCACAUGCCAAAGGGUUAGAGGGCAUGCCCUGAGGAGAGAGGGAGUAGGGAAGAACAGGGGGCAGGGGAAUAAGGAUAAGCAGGGAGACUAACUUCAGCUGAAAACAACAGCUGUUUCCUAAGCUCACGGUUCUGCUGGGCCGUUCCAGUCUGGACCAGACUCUGCUGAUGUCGGCGGGGCGCACUCAUGUCUGAGGUAGGUCGGUCAGUCAGCUGAGGCUGCCGGUUCCAGAGAAACACACGUACUCUUUGUACCACAGAGUUGGCCUCGCCUUGAGUCGGCGGGGGGGUGCCGGGCUUACUACCCAACCCCACGGAGGCCAGCCGUUGGCCGCAGGUUGCCUGCCAUAGGAGGAGAGGAACUGGCUAUGCUCACGGCGGGUAGCCAAAGUCAAGAGACGAGGGCAUCUGUGAGGCUGGACCAGUCCUCACAGAAGCUGGACACUGGGGACACUAGUCCGUAACAGAGAUUUGGGCAAAGCGUCCUUUGCAUCUGCCCUGGGUCACUAGAGAGACCUCUUAAACGAGACCUGAAGGAUGAGCUUUUGGGGCGCCUGGCAGCCCGGUCAGUUAGACGUCUGACUCUCGAUUUUGGCUCAGGUCAUGACCUCGCAGUCAUGAGAUCGAGCCUGUGUCAGGCCCUGCGCUGAGUGUGGCGUCUGCUUGGGAUUCUUUCUCUCCCUCUCGGUCUGCCCUUACCAGCUCGCUCGCUCUCUCAAAAUAGAUAAACAUUAAAAAAAAAAAAAA